AUGCCAGUGGACGACUUGACCACAACCCCCGCCAUGGCGGCAAAGUCAGUCUACACAGCAAUUGCCGUGUGCGGCUGCGGACAUGACGGCCGACUCGGCAUCGGGCAGGACGCCCCGUCGACCAUGAGCGAGAUUGCGCUACUAGACGACUUCCUGCCCACCUUCGCUUCCGCUUCCACCGUAGGAGAGGUUCGUCAGGUGGCCUGUGGAGCCUACCACACCUUGGUGCUGACGACCACUGGGCUCUACGGUUGGGGACUGCAUGAGGAUGGCCAACUUGGCCUGGGCCGGCCAUCCACUGCUAACACAGCAGCGACUGCCGUGGACGGCGCUCUCGGCAACGCAGGGGCCACGGCGGCGUCGGUGCCGACCCACGUGGAUCGACCUGUGCGAAUCGCCUUCGCUGAAUUUCCAGGCGGGGACGGGGCCUUGGACGACGUGCCCGCGACCAUCCUUUCGAUCCACUGCGGUGCCGAUCACUCGUUUCUGUGCACGACAGCCGGCGUUUACGUGACAGGUCGGAACGACUGCGGCCAGCUUGGCCUCGGGCACACGGACAAUGUGUACACGUGGACUCGACUCUGUCCAGCGCUCCCCCAAACGACUGCUGACGACAAUGCAAGGCAGUCGACAACAGCAUCGCGUGCAGCUUCUCCAAUGAUGUCGGCGCUACCGAGCGCGUGCGACUUCGACCUGCCCGGUCGGCACGCGCGACUGCUUUACGGCCGCCUCACGCACAUCAGCUGCGGCACCCACCACACCCUUCUCGCCUGGAGUGACGCAGUCAUCCUGCGCGCGGCAACACCGUUGAGUCCCGCAGCUCAGCAGUCACCCGCCAACUCCAAUGACAGUCGUGAGCUUGUUCACUACCCGUCCUUACUGAUGGCAUGCGGCCGAGGCGACUUUGGAGAGCUCGGCUACGACGGCGACGCCUGGGCGGUGCUGCAGGCCAAAGCUCAGCGGCAGGAGCGCGCGCUGCGCUCAUCCCAGCAGCAGCAGCAGGCGCACGACAGCGCCAGUGAUGGUCAGCACAGCGCAACGGAUGACACCUACAAGUUCAAGUGGAAGGCUGCAGCUGCCGCCAAGCAGCGCCGUCCCCCCUUCAACUCAGCCUUCUUCGAGCUGGUGGAGGGUGUGGACCAUCUGGAGGAAAGCGCGGUGCGGCUUCCUACGACUUCUGCGGAGGAGCUGCGUCCAGCACUGCUUCACCGAAGUUGCACAGCCCAUGAACUGGCAGAGGACGUGAUCCGGCAGUGCCAUGAGCGCACAGCAACGGGUGGCAUGUGUCUCUCCCCCACAGCAUCCGUCCUCCAGACUACCAGCGGUGUCCAAAGUCGAUGGGAGGUGGUAAAACUGCAGGCGAUGCAUCACCACUCCGCCGUCACGCUGCGGCGACGCCACAAAGAUGGCGAGGAACAGCAGCUGGUUCUCCACUGGGGCUGCUACUACUGCUCUGACAUCGAGGACGCAGCCGCCUCUCACCCACGGGACGUCUUUGCCGACAUGCCAAGUUCAUUCCACAGGGAUGAUGCCGGGGCAGCUGCCGCGGCGCUCCGUGGCUUGUGUGUGGGAAUACAUGCCGGAGAGGAAAGCCUGUUGCGCUACAGAGCAACGUGCACCCCUUCAUCACCUGCAUCGGCACCGGCACUCGCCCGUGCAGAAAAGGAAAAGACCGUGGCAUCACCUCCCUGUGGUAUAACCCCUUCACACAUGCCACUGCUGCAAAUCAUGGGUAGCGGCAACCUUGGGCUCAGCACCGACGACAGUUUCACGCGCACUUGGGCGAGUCUGGCUUUCUCAGACCCUCCCAUGACCGCCGGAGGUCAGGUGACGGUGCAUUCGGUGGUAGGCCGCUCGCACUACCUCAUCUGGAUGCACGACCCGCGGGCGAGCAGCCCCGUGGGCCACUCUUCUGUGACAACCGCGCCUUCGCACGGGAGGUCGACGGUCGCCUCGUCAUCGUGUGUCUUUGGUUUUGGCGACAACUUGCAUGGACAGAUCGCUGCACCUGGGCUCCAGGCCAGGGAUGUGCCGGGAGAUGACGUUGUGGUGGCACCACGGCCUGUUCUGAGAGACGGGAAUGUACUGCGCGUCGCUACCGCUGUGCAGCAGUCGCUGCGCGACGCUGCGGCUCCGCCUGCAAAUCACCGCCGCCCCGCUGCGGCGAAGACGUUUGAGCCCUUCACGUCGGGAGCGGAGGUGCAUUACGAAGUGGUGACGAUUCGUGCUGUUGAGGCCGGCGCGCGGCACUCCGUCUUCCUCGUCGAUGUCCGUCCUGCUGCUGCUGCUGCAGCAACAACAGCGCCAGCGACCACGAGCGGCUAG